CUCCGGCAGAGCGAGCGGCGAGCCGCCUGAGCCCAGCCGAGCCGUUGAACCUUUCCGCGAACCCCCCGAACGAGCGGCCCUCGGGCUUCCUUAAAGGGGAGAUGCCGGAGUGGGUGGGCCCGCACGACCUGCGUGAGCCUCGCAGAGGGGCAUGUGCCCUAAGGGCCGGCUUAGGAGACGCUUUAAAGCGCGAUGGCGGGCUCUGGGCGACGUCUGACGUGCCAUGGCGACCCCUCGCCGCCCUCCGCAGGAGCUGAGGCGGGCGGAGUUGGUGGAGAUCAUCGUGGAGACGGAGGCGCAGACUGGGGUCAGCGGCAUCAACGUAGCGGGCGGCGGGAAGGAAGGAAUCUACAUUCGUGAGCUGCGCGAGGACUCGCCCGCGGCCAGGAACCUCAGCCUGCAGGAAGGGGACCAGCUGCUGAGCGCCCGCGUGUUUUUUGAGAACUUCAAGUACGAGGACGCACUACGUCUGCUGCAAUGCGCCGAGCCUUACAAGGUCUCCUUCUGCCUGAAGCGCACUGUGCCCACCGGGGACCUGGCGCUGCGGCCUGGGACCGUGUCUGGCUACGAGAUGAAGGGCCCGCGGGCCAAGGUGGCCAAGCUGAACAUCCAGAGUCUGUCCCCUGUGAAGAGGAAGAAGAUGGUGGUGCCUGGGGCCCUGGGGUACCCUGCAGACCUGGCCCCCGUUGACGUCGAAUUCUCCUUCCCCAAGUUCUCCCGUCUGCGUCGGGGCCUCAAAGCUGAGGCUGUCAAGGGUCCUGUCCCAGCCGCUCCCACCCGCCGGCGCCUCCAGCUGCCUCGGCUGCGCGUCCGAGAAGUGGCCGAAGAGGCCCAGGUAGCUCGGCUGGCUGCCGCUGCUCCUCCCCCCAGAAAAGCCAAAGCGGAGGCUGAGGUGGCAGCAGGGGCCCGUUUCACAGCACCCCAGCUGGAGCUGGUUGGGCCUGGGCUGCCAAGCACAGAGGUGGGUGUCCCCCAGGUCUCAGCCCCUAAGGGACUGGGGAAGGAGGCCCCUGCAGCAGAAGCAGCCACUGGCUUUGCCCUACACCUGCCAACCUUUGGGCUUGGAGCCCCUGCUGCCCCUGCUGUGGAGCCUGUGGCCGUAGGGAUUCAGGUUCCCCAAGUAGAGCUGCCCACCUUGCCCUCGCUACCCACUCUGCCCACACUACCUUGUUUGGAGACCCGGGAAGGGGCUACGGCAGCACUGACAGUGCCCGCCCUGGAUGUAGCAGCGCCUACUGUGGGGGUGGACCUGGCCUUGCCAGGUGCAGAGGUGGAGGCCCAAGAAGAGGUGCCUGAGGUGGCCCUAAAGAUGCCCCGCCUCAGUUUCCCCCGCUUUGGGGCUCGAGCAAAGGAAGUAGCUGAGGUCAAGGUGGCCAAGGGCAGCCCUGAGGUCAGGGUGAAGGGGCCCAGACUUCGAAUGCCCAGCUUUGGGCUUUCUCUCCUGGAGCCCCGGCCCACUGCCCCUGAAGCCGCUGUUGAGAGCAAGCUGAAACUGCCCACCAUCAAGAUGCCCUCCUUUGGCAUUGGGGUCUCAGCGCCUGAGGUCAAAGUGCCCAAGGGGCCUGCAGUGAAGUUCCCCAAGGCCCCAGAGGUCAAGCUCCCCAGAGUGCCUGAGGCAGCCCUUCCAGAAAUGCAACUCCCAGAGGUGGCACUUCCAAAAGUGUCAGAGAUGAAAGUCCCAAAGGUGCCCGAGGUGGCUGUGCCUGAGGUGCGGCUCCCAGAGGUGCAGCUGCCAAAAGUCUCUGAGAUGAAGCUCCCAAAGGUGCCCGAGAUGGCCGUCCCUGACAUGCAACUCCCAGAGGUGCAGCUGCCAAAAGCCUCAGAGAUGAAGCUCCCAAAGGUGCCCGAGAUGGCUGUGCCCGACGUGCGACUACCAGAAGUGCAGCUGCCAAAAGUCUCGNUGCCCGACGUGCGACUACCAGAGGUGCAGCUGCCGAAAGUGUCAGAGAUGAAGCUCCCAAAGGUGCCCGAGAUAGCCGUGCCCGACGUGCGACUCCCAGAGGUGCAGCUGCCGAAAGUGUCAGAGAUGAAGCUCCCAAAGGUGCCCGAGAUAGUUGUGCCUGACGUGCGACUCCCAGAGGUGCAGCUGCCGAAAGUGUCAGAGAUGAAGCUCCCAAAGGUGCCCGAGAUAACUGUGCCCGAUGUGCGACUCCCAGAGGUGCAGCUGCCGAAAGCCUCAGAGAUGAAGCUCCCAAGGGUACCCGAGAUGGCCGUGCCCGAUGUGAGACUCCCAGAGGUGCAGCUGCCGAAAGCCUCAGAGAUGAAGCUCCCAAGGGUACCCGAGAUGGCCGUGCCCGAUGUACGACUCCCAGAGGUGCAGCUGCCAAAAGUCUCAGAGAUUAAAGUCCCAGACGUGAAACUCCCUGAGAUGAAGCUCCCGGAGAUAAAGCUCCCCAAGGUGCCAGAGAUGGCUGUGCCCUAUGUACACCUCCCAGAGGUGCAGCUGCCAAAGGUGUCAGAGGUGGGGCUGCCAGAAAUGCAAGUGCCAAAGGUCCCAGAUGUGCAGCUUCUGAAGGCACCUGAGGUGAAGUUGCCCAAGGCUCCAGAGGUGCAGCUAAAAGCUGCCAGGGCAGAGAAGGUAGAGGGGGUGGAAUUUGGCUUCAAGAUGCCCAAGAUGACCAUGCCCAAGAUGACCAUGCCCAAGUUAGGGAGGGCAGGGUCCCCGUCACGAGGCAAGCCAGGGGAGGCAGGGGCCGAGGUCUCAGGGAAGCUUGUAACACUUCCCUGUCUGCAGCCAGAGGUGGACAGCGAGGCUCGUGUGGGUUUCCCCUCUCUCACUCUGCCUUCAGUGGAGCUGGACCUGCCAAGGGCACUCAGCCUGGAGGGGCAGGUCCCAGCGGCUGAAGUGGGCAAGGCGGAGAGGGCAGAAGGCAGGGUAGCACAGGCAGAGGGCAAGGUGGAAUGGGCAGAGGGCAAAGAGGCAGCAGGGGUUGGGGAAGUGGCCUUCCGGAUGCCCUCUGUUGAGAUCGUCACUCCCCAGCUGCCCACAGUGGAAGUUGAGGAAGGGCGGGUGGAGGUGAUGGAGAUGAAAGUCAAACCCACCUCCAAGUUCUCCCUGCCCAAGUUUGGACUCUCGGGGCCAAAGAUGGCCAAGGCAGAGGCUGAGGGGGCCGGGCGAGCCACCAAGAUGAAGGUGUCCAAGUUCGCCAUCUCACUCCCCAAGGCUCAGGUGGGGACCCAUGCUGAAGCUAAAGGGGUUGGGGAGGCAGGCCUGCUACCCGCCCUCGAUCUGUCCAUCCCACAGCUCAGCCUGGAUGCCCAUCUGCCCACAGGCAAGGUGGAGGUGGCAGGGGCCGAUUUCAAGCUCAAGGGUCCCAAGUUCACCUUGCCCAAGUUUGGGGUCAGAGCCCGGGACACUGAGGCAGGAGAAUUAGUGCCAGGGGCGGCUGAAUUGGAGGGCAAGGGCUGGGGUUGGGAUGGGAGGGUGAAGAUGCCCAAACUGAAGAUGCCCUCCUUUGGGCUGGCUCGGGGGAAGGAGGUGGAAAUCCAGGGUGGGCGUGUCAGCCCCAGGGAAAAGGCAGAGUUUAUGGCUGGGCAGCUUAAGAUCCCUGAGGUAGAGCUGGUCACACUGGGGGCCCAGGAGGAAGUGGGGGUGAAGGGGGAGGUAGCUGUCAGUGGGGCACAGCUGGCAGGCCUGCAAGUGUCCACAAUCAGGCAGGCAGGCACUGAGGGCCAGGAAGGGGGGCUGAGGAUGCCCCUGGGCAUCUCUCUGCCCCAGGUGGAGCUGACCAGCUUUGGUGAGGCUGGCCUGGGUGCCUCGGGACAGCAGAUUGAGAGUGCAGCUCCUUCAGCAGAGGGCACAGCAGUCUACAGGGUCCAGGUGCCUCAGGUGGCCUUGUCUCUGCCUGGAGCCCAGGGGGAGGGUGGUGAGCUGUUGGUGGGAGAGGGCGUCUUCAAGAUGCCCACUGUGACAGUGCCCCAGCUUGAGCUGGACAUGGGGCUGAGCCGAGAGGCACAGGUGGGCGAGGCAGCCACAGAAGAGGGUGGGCUAAGGCUGAAGAUGCCCACACUGGUGGCCAGAGCUGGGGCUGGGGUUGAGGGACCUGGAGACCAGCCCCCAGGGAUCGAACCAACCUUUCACCUCUCACUGCCUGACCUGGAGCUCUCACCACCUGCCAUGGGCAGCCAUGCCGAGUACCAGGUAGCAGAGGGUGAGGGAGACGCUGGACACAAGCUCAAGGUUCGGCUGCCCCGGUUUGGCCUGGUGCGGGCCAAGGAGGGGGUUGAGGAGGGUGAGAAGGCCAAGAGCCCCAAACUCAGGCUGCCCCGUGUGGGCUUCAGCCAGGGCGAGGCUGUCACUGGGGAAGGCUCCCCCAGUCCUGAGGACGAGGGGGAGGAGGAGGAGGGCAGUGGGGAAGGGGCUUCUGGUCGCCGAGGCCGCCUCCGAGUUCGCUUGCCCCGAGUGGGCCUGGCUACUUCUUCCAAGGCCUCUCGGGGGCAGGAGGGCGAGGCAGCCUCCAAGUCCCCUGGUGGGGAGAAGUCCCCCAAGUUCCGCUUCCCCAGGGUGUCCCUAAGCCCCAAGGCCCGGAGUGGGAGCAGGGACCCAGAAGAGGGUGGAUUCCGGGUCCGACUGCCCAGCGUGGGGUUUUCGGAGGCAGGGGCUCCAGGCCCCACUAGGUUGGAGGGGACUCAGACUGCUGUUAUCUGAAGCUCCUGAGCAGAGGGAGACUCUCCUCCCGUCUUUCCACUCCCCACCCUUUGUUUCGUGUGUGAGAUAACCAGCACUAACCUUCAGAGGGCUGGGAGGUAGGCCACUGACUGGGCAGGGCCGGGGAGGCCUGGUGCCCAGCUCAUUGGCAAGAGUGUCUGUAUCUUGCCAAGCCAUGUGAAUAAAUAA